UGAAGUAGAUAACAACUUCGACGAUUUAAUCGAAGAAUUCGUCGCGGAUCCAACUGUAGAAUCGGACCAGAAAGAAUUGGAUGAUAUUAUGGCGUGCAGGGCUGAAGAUUUUUUUGAGAACACUAUUAGUAUAGAGUUGUCUGUUUACCAGUGUUUUAGGCAAGCACUUGAGUCCGGAAACAGUGAAGUUCUCCGUCAUGUGCUCGAACCUCAUCGACCUUUCGCAGGGAUUCUGAUGAUAUUCUGUCUACAUUUACCACAAGAAGGAAAAGAGUAAACAAGUGGUGCUGACAAUUCUCAAGGAAUACUUGAUAGAGAAUGGAUCAAUCGAUGUGGUUGGAUUUGUCAAGACUCAAGAAGUAUGAGUUAGAGGAGAGUUUUACUGCACUGACUACCUUGCAGCGUGGUUUGUUACUAGUGAUGUGCAUUUUUGUGAAGGCAGGGAAAGAUAAUGAACCUGUUAACAUUGUUGCAGAAGCUAUUCUAGAUGCUUAUGAUGCACAAGUAUGGGGAGAUGAAGCAUUCGAGACUCUAUAUCGUUUUUUGAGGUGUCCAGACAAGACUUUGAAGGCUGUGGGAUUGACCUUUGUAACUGCAUCCGCCAAGCUUUGCACAUAUAGAGCCAGACCAGAUUUGACAGCGGUGCUCUAUAAAAGCAGAAUUGUUGAAACUGUGAAGGAGAUGAACGAAUACCGGUUAACUAUUCAACGAUGUGCUAAAGCCCUUGAAGCAAUGCCGUUGCCAUCAGAGAGUUCGUCAUAAUUUUACUCGAAAUUGAUAGUACAUGGAAAUGGUUCGUUGUGGAAACUGUCCUUGGGUGCUAUAGCUGUGGAUACUUGGAAGUGUUAAGUGUAGAGAAACUUUGCUUUUUGGUAUAAAUUUUGGAGUUAUGAGCAUCUAUGUUAGUUGAUGUUCAUAACUGAGGUAGAAAAUUGAGGCUAGCUGAGUUUAGUAGUGUCUAUAGUAAGACUGUAAGAGUCAUAUAUAGAUGUUGGUAUAGUAUGACUAUUUGAUAAUUGUCUAAAUCAUGUCUAAUGUAGUAAGACUGUAAGAGUCAUAUAUAGUAAGACUGUAAGAGUCAUAUAUAGCCUGCUUAACAUUCUUAAUGUUGCUGGAUUCAAUAUCUUGCAUUA